AUGAAAUCACCAGCUUUGCUUGCGCUGGCUGCGCUGGGCGCCUGCCCAGGUCUUGCGGCAGCACAAUUGUAUUCCAUCUUUACUUCUGUCAUUACAGAGUGUGAUGCCGAAGACGUGUAUCCAACAGAGGUCUACCCAGUAGAGACUGCACAGUACUCGGACGGUGUCUACACCACUUCGUACCCCAUCCUCUGUCCGACGGGUGCAACGACGCAAACCUACACCAUCACCGAGACAUAUGCAGGAGCGUCUUCACUGCCGACCUUUGCAGAGCCCACGACCACCCCCUAUGGCUUCACCACCAGUCAUGCUGUUUGCGACGUGUGCGGCGAGCAGCCGAUCACGACGACCAUCACCUGUCCCAGCGGCGGAGCCACGUACAUUGCUGCCACGACUGACGCUUACGACACUGAGGCACCCGUGUACCCAACGACUGGGAAGAAUGCAACCGCCAACCAUCCCGCCGCCACCAGCAAGUCACAUGCAGAGGGAGAGACGUCUACCGGGACAAUCACCAAGACGCUGGCCCCAGAGCAGUCUUCUUCUGGCUAUCACGCCGAGAAGCCAACGCAGACUGGCAGUGCUGAUGCUACGUACAAGGCGAGCACCAAGAGCGCUGAUGCUGAAAACACCAGCGGCUACAAGGCGCAGUCGACAAAGCCCGUCACUGUCAGUGGUGCUUCCGAAACUUCUGGCCGGUCGAUAUCCUUGCUCAUAUUCAUUGGAUCGGUCAUUGCACUUUUUUGA